CGGCCUCUCUCAUUUGCUGAGUGAAGAAGGAAAGGGGACAGAGGCUGCCAAGAAGGACUGGGUAUGCCCAUAAGGCAGUGAGGGCUCUUGCUUGGCAUGGAUAACCCCAAACAGCCAGCCUGGUUGGGAGAGGCUUGAAGGAUAGAAGCGGAAGGAGAGGUCACUGGAUCUGCAAAGAGGAGAAAAACAUGGAUUCUCGCCAACAACCUCUACUCUUGCAAUUCCACAAUGGUGUCUGGUAACUUGACUGUUCUGUCGAUGCUUUUUGUAUCACUUGCCUUCUGGGAAUCUGAAGCCCCCCAGGGAGCAUCACCUGGAACCGACAAGCAUGACCCCAAGGAACUGCCAAUCCAGGCCCUCCAUACUAUCCUGUUAAGGCGCCUAGGCUUACAAAGGCGGCCGGAACCAAAACCAGGCCACGUGGUCCCCCAGUACCUGCUGGAUUUGUACCAAUUUGCCUUAGGAAGGGCUCCUCCCUCCUUUCAGGGAACGGAUCUAUCUUUCUUGGAGGAACAGGCAGGAAGAGCCAACACUGUGCGCACGUUUCAUCAUGUCGAGGAUCCGGAUUACUUUCCUGAACUUGUGGGAAAUGCAUUUUACUUCUUGUUCAACCUCACCUUGCUUCCUGCAGAGGAGGAGCUGACCGCCCUUGAGUUCCGCCUCUACCACAAAGAGAGGGAAAGCAGGGGUUUUCACAUCAACGUCUACCACACAAUGGAUUCCCCACCCAUUUCCAGAAACAAGAGCAGACUUCUGGCCCGCAAAUUCUUGGCUCCAAACCAGCCCAAGUGGGAGAGCUUUGAUGUAACUCCUGCCUAUAAGAUGACCAAGGACCAGAAGCUUCAUCUUGGGUUUCUUGUUGAGGUGGAGCACCCAAACAAAAGUUAUAACCUUCAAGAGCACCAUACACUCCUUCGUGCAAGACGGUCUCUUGGAGAGGAGGCAGCUCAGUGGGCUCUGGAGAGGCCUUUACUAGUCACUUAUAGCCAUGACCAAAGAGGGCAACCCCUGACACGUGGAAAAAGACACAGCAAAAGUUUGUCAAAUGCACUAACCCAGAAAGGAGGCAGAAAACCUACAAAAGGUACAGUCUCCAAGAACAAACUCAAGAGCCUAAAGGCAAAGACUAAAACCAGUACCAAGUGCAGAAGGCACCGCCUCUUUGUAGAUUUCAAAGAGGUUGGUUGGAACGAUUGGAUAGUUGCCCCCAGUGGCUACCACGCAUUCUACUGCUCUGGGGAGUGCCGGUUCCCACUGGCCGACCAUAUGAAUUCCUCCAGUCAUGCUGUGGUGCAGACAAUGUUGAAUUCUGUGAACUCCAAAGUACCUAAGCCAUCUUGUGUUCCUACAGACCUCAGUCCCAUAGCUAUGCUCUAUCUGGAUCAACAUGACAUGGUGGUCCUUAAGACCUAUCAGGAUAUGGUGGUGGAGGGCUGUGGGUGCCGGUAAGAGAGAUGAAGCAGGGGAACUCUCUCUGUCACUACUAAGAGCCUGGGGUCACUCAACAAGAGUUAUGAACAGCAGACUUAGGACUGCUAGAAGUACAACUUUCAUACAAGGCAUAACCUCAAGAGAUAAGGAUCAACAAAUUUAUAUAGCUGCGAGCGACUUGUAAACAGGAAUAUACCUCUGAAUAUCAGUAAUAAGCAAAAACUAUUGUUAUGAUGCUCUUCCAAAGAUAUCCAACUGGCUACAACUGGACAUAGUUGGACCUUGGUCUGAUCCUGCAAGAAAUUAUUUUAUUUUUAUGAAAUCAUAUGAACAAAUAUUACUUUCCCCAGGAAAUCCUAUAUUUACAAGUAAUUUAAUUUGUGAUGAACUUUAAUUGACUAAUAAGCAAACAACUCAUCCAGUCCAUCAAAGCAAUCAUAUCAACCAAAUUCUUCAUGUGGUGAAACAAUAUUAAUUAUUUUGCACAGUAAAGAUGGAGAAAGUGCAAUCAUCCAGAUGUUGCUGUGUCACAAUCCACAUCAUCUCUCCCCACUGAAUAUACUGUUUAGAGUCGAUUGAGAUAAAGCAAUGACACCUGGAGGCUAUGUAGAUCUUUUUUGCCUACCUUCCACACGUUCCACAUACAGGGGGGAUACGUCUGCCAUCAUCCCCUUUCUUUUUGAAGAUUAUGGUCAGUGAAGUAAAUAAAGUAUCCCAGACUUGC